AACAUUACAAAAAGGGUCUGAUAGUGCACCGCACCGACGAAUUAGGGUUUCUUCUGUCUCUUCACUCAGGGAUGAAUCUUUCUCCGUUCAAGAGAGAUAUAGAUGAGCUCAUAGGCGAGUUUGUGGAGUGUGAUUUGACAACGUUUGCUGAUAUGAAGAGCGUGUGGCUAUCCCGAAAGUUUUCUUAUAUAUAUGAAGCUAGUCCUACCAGCAACUUAGCCUUUUUCAUGCAGUCGUUAUAUGCGCAUACCAUUGGUCACAUGGUUAGUAUUGAUUCUUUUUCACGGAGACUUGGAGGUCUUUAUUGUCUCUAUUGCCUUUAUGAGAUCCAACCUUUUAAACCCAAGUUGAGAGUUUAUAUCUCACUUCAAGAGCUUGGGAAAUUUAGGGAUCUUGUAGUCGAGGCAAAAGAUAAAGGUGUAGAGAUAGCUGCUGCUGUGGCAAAACAAAUGCUUGAUAGGAACAUGUUUAUAUAUGGAGCUGUGGGUGAAGAAGAUUCUGCAACCAAGAAACUUAAUAGUCAAUUAACAGAAGUACAGAAGGCACGAGUGCGGUUUGCCUGUGAUAAAUUACUCUCUGAAACCGAGAUCGAGCAAUUUAUUCAUUUGGAUAUGGGUAACGAAGUUGAUCUGAGUUCCCUACAUAAAAGGUCUUUAGAUUAUGCAGAGGCCAAGAAGCGUGCAAUCAAAGGAGCAGGAAAAAUAGUGGAGAUUGAAGAUAUAAAGCACAUAUCACAAGAGAAAGAGUUGAUGGGAGAGAAAGUGGAGAGAUUGAAAGAGGAAUGGGAUGCACAAAGAAUUUCAUUAUAUGAACAAACCAAGCUUGAUGGUCUUACUAGGACACAGAAACUAUUGAAAGAUGUGGGACAUGAUGAAGAUGAUGGGUUUGAUGAGCUUGAUCGCUUACUUUCUUAGAGCUCAUUUCGACAUUUGCAAUCACCGUUUAAAGUUUAGGAUGCCCACAAAUGAAAAAGCUCUCUGUAGAUAUGGCAUUUACAGGUAGAUUUUGAUGAAUUUUGCCAUU